AUGGCAAGCUCACUCGAUUUAGACACCCCUGGAAAGGACCGCGUGCUGUUUUCGCGACGGUCAUUUUGCGGCUCCCACCUCCACUGUCAAAGCGCCCAGGCUACCAGCACUCGCUGCCUCGUACCGUCGCUGUGCGAAGCGCUGGAACUGAACAAGAACGCGCUCGUCGGCCCUGACGCCAUGAGCGCUUGGAUGAACGACGCUGCUCCGAACCACAAUGGCCACGGCUUCCCACACAUGAACGAUCCCAACACCGCCGCAAUGGAUCCCUCCGCUUUCAUGGCCAAUUCGGCCCAAUUCAAUCCUGCCCAGUUCGCCAACCAGCAGCAGCAACAACAGCAGCAGCACCAGCUUCAGCAGGGCCAGCAGCAGCAACCCUCCCAGCAGCAGAUGGCCGCCAUGCAGCAGAACGGCCCUAUGCGCCAUGCAUCUCCCUCUACUUUCCAGCAAAACCCUGCCUAUCAAACAAACUCCGUCAUUCCUUCUAAGCGUCCUCGACCACGCGAAGACAGUGUCACCGGCUCGCCUGGUCAGAUGCAGGGCAUGCUACCGCCGUCGCGCUCCGAGACGCCUCAGCAACAAAACUUUCCCGGCAUGCAGCAGGGUGGCGCCAUGCCUCAGCAGACGCCAGGCCAGUUUCCUCAUCUGCAGGCAAAUGGUUCUGCGAAUGCCACACCCUCUCCCAUCAUGGGAAAUCAGAUGCGCCCGGGCAGCGUGCCUCAAAGAGUCGCUACUGCUUCUCCCCACCCUUUCUCUCCGGGUCCUCCACAACAGCAACAAUUCGCAUCUCAAACAUCCCCCGCGCCAUCCGAACACGGUACGCCGCAGCCCAACCAGUUUAUGCAGAAUGCUCCUCAAGGCUACAAUCCCGGUUUCGCCCCCUCCCCGUCGAAUCCUCGCCCGUCGCCUAACCCCAACGCUAUGGGCGCGAAUCAGAUGAUGCCGCAACAUAUGGCUCAGAUGCCUCAAGGUAUGAACCAGAUGCAGGCCAAUAUGUAUGCGCAGAUGCAGCAGCAGCAGCAGCAGCCAGGUCAGGGGCAAGGACAACAAGGCCAGCAACGACAGGGUAGCCAAGGUAUGCAGGGCAUGACGGAGCCGCAGAAGAUGGCUGCGUAUCAGAUGCGUCUUCAGCAGCAGCUUCAGGGCAACAUGCAGAUGCAAGCUCAGCUGCAGGCUCAGGGUAUGGGCCGCGGCAUGAUGCAGAAGCCUCAAAUGGGCGGUAUGCCGAACGGCCAGAUGGCCCCAGGUGGCAUGCGACCUCAGCAGCGACCAAUGGGCGGCAUGAACCCCGAACAGUUCAUGAAGAACCUGACGCAUUUCAUGACUGCCAAGGGUCUUGCUUUCGAUACCUCCCCCAUGGUUGCCGAGCGUCCGGUCAACCUCAUGAUGCUGUUCCAAGCCGUGUCUAGCAAGGGAGGCUCCAAGACUAUCAACGCCGCCAACGGCUGGGCUCACAUUGCGCAGGCUCUCGGCCUCCCUGUCCACAUCCCAACUGUGGCCCCGACCUUGAGGCAAGUAUACGAACGAAAUUUACAGAAAUUUGAGGAGGCCUGGAUUGUCCAGCAAAAGACAAGGAUGAUGGGACAGAAUCCCAACAUGCCUAACCAGGGUACUCCUCAGAAGCAAAUGCAGUCAGUCAAGCCUGGUCAAGCGCCUGUAAAUGGGUUCGCGACGCCCCAACCACCACAGCCUGGUAUGAUGGGCCACCAACGGAACAGCCUCUCCAAGAGCGUAGAUCCCAACACUCCUGGUGACCCGUCCCUGCACUCGCCUGCUCACCACCGCCAAGGAAGCAUGCAUAUAGGUCAUCAUGAGGGCCGUCCUGCGGUACCCACGACUGAAGUUCGUGCCCCGCCUAUGAUGCAAAAGUCUGAUGACUACAGCCCCUGUGCCCGCGAGUUGGCCACUUUCGGCGGCGUCGACCUGCAUGCCGCCGACAUAUUGGGUAAAGAGCUGGAGCAUUAUAUGCCGAUAGCACCCUCAUGCAACGAACUCGGCAACAUUGAUAUUGCUGCCCUCACCCGCAGCUUGCAGUGUGGCAUGCAUAGCGAGGUGCGCGUCGCUUUAGACACACUGGCAACAUUAUCCAACUCGCCCCACCAGCCUCACUUCUUGCAGCUUCGCUAUUGCGACGACUUGGUGGAUGCGCUGAUUGAUUGUGCAGAGGAGCAACUCGAUAUGCUUGUCGAACAUACCGUGGAAGUUGCCGACGAAAUCUCUUUGACGUCAUACGAAGAUGUAGUCCGUGCCUGCCGCAUAGAGAGGCUUGCUGUGCGAGAAUGCCCGACGUAUGGCACUAUGGAGUACGACCUUGACCGUGCCGUCGACAAAGUCAUAUGUGUCACCACGAUUCUUCGCAACGUGUCGUUCCCAGGCGAGCAGAAUGAAAACCACAUUGUGCUUGCAGAUGAGCUGGUAAUCAAGUUUCUCUGUUCGUUGAUUCGCUAUCUUGGUACCCGAACUAUGUUGCUACGAUCUCACGCGAACACUCUGGAUUUCAUGAAGGACAUUGUUAUUCUUUUGUCCAACAUUGCCGGGUCUAUCGAGUUGCCCAGCCGUGAACAAGCGCUCUGCCUGCUCAACUUCCUACUCGCAUUUGCACCCUCACCAGCUCCGACUGUCGUCGGCGGGUCACUCUUCUUUGCCUCAUAUGAGCCUGGUGUGCAACCCUACCUGCCACAUGCUGUGGAUUCACUCGCCAAGUUGCUUGCGCGUGAUGAACCGAACCGUGGAUUCUACAAGGCCAUAUUCGGUCUCGAUUCUGGAAACAGUUCGAGCCACGAAACUCUGACACGAACCUUUGCGCUGGCCAUUGCACCGCUGCCAGACAAGACAACAGAGAGCGCGCGACUGCCCAACUACCCGUCCCUCAUCGAGGUGCGCAAGCCGUUCCUUAUGCAGGGACUCUUGGCCGCGGAGAUUUUGGCUUCCAUGGCUCCUGGCUUUGAAAGCGGUGUCGCCAAGGCUUGGCUUUCAUCUGGCGAAGGUCUAGCACAGAAUCUGACAAAGCUUGUACGGGAGUUGAGCCACGUGUAUGAGCGUCAACCGCCCCGUGGACCAAGGAGCAGAGAUCCUGAGCUUGUGUACAUUGUUGUUCUGGGUGUGACAUUAUUAAGACGGCUGGCAGAAAAGGGUCGGGACCCAAACCAUCCAAGCACGUCACUGCCUAAGAGCGUGUUGCCUUCGGCACAGGUACUUAUGGAGGCACUAUCAUAUACUUCGGCGGAAUGGACGAAGGAAGGCAUGCUGCAGCAACUAUCAGCAGUCAUUAACAUGGCCCGGUAA